CGGGGAGGGGUGUCGCAGCCAUCGGGCACCUCGUACCGCCCGAGCUUUUCCCGCAAAGUCCGGCGGGGGGCGGGGGGGGAGCAGAGCCGCUGGGCCCCCGCUGCCGGGGGCUGUAGUUCGCGGCCUUCCCCGGAGCCCGCCGGGGACUACAUUUCCCAUCGCCCCGCGCAGGGAAGGGAAAGGCCGGGCCGGGCCUUCCCAGGCCAGGCCGGGCCUUCCCGGGCCGGGCCGGGCCUUCCCGGGCCGGGGGAGCCGCGGCCUCCUCGGGGGAGUCUCCCCCGCGGCUACAGGGACGGGACGCUGUAGGAGGUUGGUGUGGAUGUGAUUGAUGGUGUUAAAACACCCUGCAACGUGGAGGUGAGAAGAAUCUGUAAACACCCUUGCCAGAGCAGGGGAAGGCUGGGACUCUGCGAUGGCUACAAAACCCAAGAAAAGUAUAAGAGACUCCAUUGAUGAUGUGCUUGGUGACCUCCUGGGAUACGAUGAUGAAAGCCCUGUUAAAUCUGCCAGAACUUCCAAGCUGGCCGGGGGCAGCGUUGGGAAAGCCCGGGGCACCAGCUCACAGGCCAGCAAGAAGUCCUUUCUAGAGGAUGAUUUCUUCAGUAAACUCCAUGCAGAGGACAUUGAAGCUGCAGAGGGAUCCAGUGCCUCUGACACAGACCCACAAGCUCUGCUGCAGACCCUGAAGGAUAUGGAUGACAUGGAAGCUGAUCUCCUGGGAAUAUCAAAACCCAGUUCUGGGCCAGGAAAGACAACCAUGAACGGUCCUGGGAAAUGUGACUCCUCGGGAGGAACAGUAAAAGCUGCAGGGAAGCUGCCAGCUCCUGAGAAAGGAGAGUCUGUACCUGCGAUGGAAAAGAAGCCACUCUCAUCAUCCCCUGCUUCCCGACAGUACAAGAAAUUUAACUUUGAAGAUGAUCCUUUGUCAGGGCUUUUGUCUGAUGAAGAGCGGAAUGCUCCCAAGAAGCAAGCUCCAACAGGCACUAAAAGCAGCUCUGAGAAAAAAACAGAACAGAGCAAAGAGAAAGAGCCACCCCCACCCCAGACGCCCCUGCAUGUGGUGGCCCCAGUCCGGAGGAGGGAAGAGCUCACGUUUGAAGAUGAUGGUGACGACCUGAUGGAUGCACUGGGAUUUGGCAAUGGCCCGAAAGGAGAUGAGAAGCAGGGAAAGAAGGCAGAAGAAGAGGAGCUCCGGCCAGCCCGCUCCAAGCUAGACGAGUUGCUGGGACGAGGCUCUGUGGCCAAAAUCCUGGAACAGCCAAGUGUGGGAGAGUGUAAGGAGUUCAAACUGGACAAGAAGUACCAAAAGCAACCGGAGAAGGAAGAGGGUUGGGACAAGGAAGAUUUUGUCUUUGGAGCCUAUCAGCCCACAGUGGCCUCCACGCUUGAGGGCCGGCCAUCGAGGAGGCAGUCUGUGAGCAGGUUUUCAGCUGAGAACAGCAGUGAACUGAAACCAGAGCCCCGCUCCAAACCUCCUCCUCCAGCCAACCGGAGCCCUGUGCGGGGCAGCAGGGCUGGAGGCGACUGGUUGGGCUUGAAAGAUGAGGAUUUUAUGGACUCGGAGCCACCGUCUCCAGUGAAGGCCAGUCCUGCACUGAGCUACCCCAGCCCUGCUGCAGCUGGGCGGCCCAGCCCCACCAGCCAGCUCCCAAAUGCAGAGGAGGCAGCACCUAAACCCGACCCACUGGAGGAGGAGAACUGGCUGAGCGCUGCCUUGUCUCGCAAAAAAGCACAGGCAAAGGCCCAGGAGAAAAAUACCAAGCCCUCGGAGGCCCCAGGUGAAGGACUGGAUCCUCACUCUCCUGUCAGCCAGCCAGCAGUCCCCACAGGAGCACCACAGCAGGCAGCUGCCCCGCAGGACAAGGCAGCGAGCGCAGACGGCUCUGGGCAGCUGGUCCCUUGGCUCAGCACCACGAAACAAGCCUCAGCUCACCCGUUGGAGGCUGCGAAGGGGGACCCCUCCAGAGAUGCCAGUGCCUUGGCCUUGUUCCCAGGAGAGCAGGAGAUGCAGGGCCCUGUCCCGCUCACCCAGGUUACCACGCCCAGGGCGCAUCUCCAGGCCGUGCCCCAGCUGCAGGCAGACUCCCCAGCCCUGGGCUUGCUGCGUGAGAGGAGGUUGGGGGCUCCCACUGCCCGGCUCUGCGAGGAUGUGACGGGCUGUCAGGCAGCGCUGCUCAGUGCCCAGGCCCGCGUGGCAGAGCUGGAGAGCCAGGUCCGGACACUGGAGCUGGAACGGACACAGCACAAACUGUUGCUGGAGAGUCUCCAGCAGCGGCACCAGGAGGACUUGGAUCUUCUCGAGAGCGCCCACAGGAGCCGGGUGAAGGUGGUGGAGGAGACCUAUGGGCAGCGGGAGGAGAGGCUGCGGCAGGAGAAGGAGCAGCUGGCAGCUCAGCUCCUUUCGCAGAGCAAGGACGCGGAGCAGGCGCGGGCAGAGCUGCUGGGGCAGCACCAGCAGCACUUGGCUGCGCUGGAGCAGCAAAGCACACUGGAGCUGGAGCGGCUGCGAGAGCUGCAGAGGGUGUCUGUCCAGGAGAUGCGCAAAGACCACGCAGAGCAGCUCGAGCGGCUGAAGCGGCUGAAAGACCAGGAGAUUGAUGCGGUGACCAGCGCCACUUCGCACACCAGGACUCUGAAUGGCGUCAUCGAGCAGAUGGAGAAGUUCUCCAGUGACCUGCACGACCUCUCGCACAAGGUGGAGGCCACACACCACACUACCUCCCAGGAGCUGGCCAUGGAGGCACGGCAGCGGGACAAGCAGCUCAAGGUGCUCCAGGACAGCCUGUUGCAGCAGCAGCGGGACAUGGAGGAGGAGCGGAGUCGACUCCAGGAGGUGAUCAGUAAAAUGGAGGCUAGGCUGAAUGAGCAGACUCGGCUGCUGGAGCAGGAGCGGUGGAGGGUGACAGCAGAGCACUCCAAAGUGGAAUCACUGCAGCACUCGCUGGAGGAGCAGCGGCGAGUCAUGACUCAGAAGCUCUCCAUAGAGCGAGCAGAGAUGGAGAGGGCAAAGAGUGCUUUGCUGGAGGAGCAGAAGUCGGUGAUGCAGAAGUGCGCGGAGGAGCGACGGAAGCUGGCGGCCGAGUGGGCUGAAUUUCACACCCAGCAGCAGCUGAGCAAGGAGCGGAUGGAGCGUGACAUGGACCGAGCCCUGCAGAGAGACUCCCAGAGAGAGGGCACCAUCAUGAGCCUGGCCAAGGAGCAGGCAGAGCUGAAGAUCCGGAGCCAUGAGCUGAAAGCCAGGGAGGAGCAGCUGGCGAGGGACAGGGAGCUGCUGGACGAGGCCUGGAAAGAGCUGAAGCUGGAGAAAGAGAAGGUGAAUGGAGCUGUGCUGCGUGUCCAGCAGCAGGAGGAGGAGAUUAAAAGCACGACCAAGCUCUCAUCCCAGAAGUAUGAGGAAGGGGAGCGAGCCCUGCGGGAGGCAUGUAGAAUAGAGUCCGAGCACCAGACCAGGCUGCAGGUCAUGCAGCAGCACUUGGAGCAGCUGAAGCAGCAGGAACAGCAUCUCCACCAGGAGCGGCUGAGCAUGGCUCACCAGAGGAGACAGCUCGAACAGCUACGCAAGGAGCUGCCCACCAACCCUGUCAUGCUGCUGACUGCAGACCAGGACUUGAGCACCCCUAUGAAAGGCCUCUCCAGCAUGCUGUUUCCUGUAACAGCAGCACCACCACACAGUCGGGCUCUUGUUCCAGGCUUUCCGCCUCCCAUCAGGAGCCCGGGGGAUGGCAGAGGAACCCUGGCCAUGGCUGGCGCCACCGAGCUCUACGCCAAACUGCUGCUGCUGAAGCACAGAGCCCAGCAGGACCACGAUUUCUUAGAGGAUGAGCAAUUUUUCCUGGAGACCCUGAAGAAAGCAUCCUACAACACUUCAUCUCUGUCAGACUGAGGAGGUGGCAUCCCCAAGCGCUACCCAAGGGAUGGCUGUGUCCUUCCUAGCAGGAGGCUGCUGUGCCUUCCACAGAGGGGAGGAAAACAAAGAAUAAAUAGUUCCUCAACUAA